GCGUUUGAGCUCCUGAACGAGGACGCCAAUGAGAUGACGGCAGACGUGCUCACCAAGUGCAGCGAGUGGUCGACGAUAGAGAAGCACUGCACCACCCUGAACCUCAAGUUCGGGAAACAGUUCAAGGGCUUGAGCGCGAUGGCAGUUUUCACGGGAGUCGCGACUUCUACGUCAGGCGAGAAGGUGACGAUGUACGAGGGGCCAGGUCAGGCAGCGGUUUGCCCCGCACUUGUGCCCCAUUACGUGGAUCGCGAGGAGUUCUGGUUCAUUCUGAAGACGGGUGUCUUCGUGGUGAUCGUUGCAGUGCUUGCCCUAGGCUGCGUGCGCGGCUGCUACGCGAGGAGCUACCUCAAGAAGGACCUCCUCCAGGAGGCGGUUGACCCCGCCCCUGGAGACGCCGACGUCUACCUGGCCACGCGGGCUGGCACGGAGGACAAGACCAUGAGU